AUGUUCAAGCUUCUGUACACUGUCCUCCUUGGCACGGCCGUUCUAACCGCCUAUGCUGUGGACGCUCCGGACCUCACCACCGCGCCCAGCGCCAGUCCAACCGUCACAUGUCCCCCCUGUAACACCGCGCCCACCACGACCGAAUCAUGCUCCGUUGACGCUGCCGCGCAUUCGACGAGCUGCACCACGAAGACGAUCUUCCCAACGUGCACGUUCCUCUGCUCGGCGUCGGCGACGAGCACCAAUGCUUGA